AUGAAAUUUUAAUGCUACAGAAUUUUUUCGAUAUUUCUAUUGAUAAUUUGCUAUUUAUCAACAGUGAUUGCAAAUGAUAAUUGUAAUUUUUAUCCAAACUCCCCUUUAUAAUGUAUCUCUAAUACUAGUAUUUUUAAAUGUAUUAUAUCCAUUUCAUUUUUAGGUCAUUUUAACCUAUCAAUAGGAAAAUGCUUAGAGACUUCAUAAUAAAAUUUGGGUUGUUCACAAUAUUUGAAUAGGGAAGCUUGUAUAAAUUAAUAAACAAACAGUUAAGGUGAAAAUAUGUACUGUAAGAAAUUAUAAUAAUGAAAUAGGUGCAUUUUUUGAAAAAUGCCAAACUAUAGAUUAUGCUGAAGUAUAAAAAUUGGGUUGUUUUGGGUAGUUCAAUAAAUUAGCAUGUAUGAAUGUAUAAAAAAAAAAAUGCUUUUGGAAUAAUAGAUGCCAAGAAUUAAAUGAAGAGAAUAAUAAUAGUUCUCAACAAUGUGAUUAAUAUAAUGUUUCUGUUAGCCCUUAUACUUGUCAAUAAAUUCAGUCUGGAUUAUGUAAUAUAUAUAUAUAUUUAAAUAGGUAUGAAUAAUGGAUAUGAUGGAGAUUAUAGAUGUGUUGAAGUUGGAAGAGGAUAAUUAUCAAAAUUAAAAUGUAAUGAUAUAGGAUUAAAUGAUAAAGCAUGUAUUUCUAUAACAACAAAUGAUUAAUAUUGUAAUAUUUCACAAUAUUAAAAAAUUAGGUAUAUUUUAAGAUGGUCAAUGCAAUUCAAUAUAACAAGAAUAAGUUAUAACAUGUGACCAAAAAUUAAAUAAAAAUGCAUGUAUUUCUUUAAUGAAACCUAAUGGAAUUUAAUUAUUAUGUGAAUGGGUAGAUUCAUAAUGUAGAGUAUUUUAAGAAAAAGAAUUUAAAUGUGAAACUAAAAAUGAAGUUAAUGCUUAAGUUUGUACAUAAUCAUAAUAAUUUUGUAUGUAUGAUGAAAAAUAAAAAAAAUGUAAGAGUCUAGAAAUAAAUGAAUUUAAUAAAUUAGGAUGUAAUGCUCCAGGAUUAUCUAAGAAAGCUUGUCUUAAAAUAAAAACAAAAAGAUGUUCAUUUUAUAAAGGAAAAUGUUUAGAAUUAAAUUAAGAAGAUCUUAAUCUUUAUUAAUGUCAUAUGGAUUUAAACGAAAGAGCUUGUGUUAAUUUAAAAAACCAUUCUUAAUUAUGUUUAUGGAAUGGUAAUAAUUGUUAAGCAAUAUUUAUUAAUUAAAAUACUAAUUGUCCUUUAGAAUUAAAAAAUUCAUUAAUGAAAGUUAAUGGAAAUGUCUGUUAAGCUAUAUCUAAACCAAAUGUGAUUUGUAAAUAUGACAUUAAAACUAAUUUAUGUGUUCAAAGUUCAGUAAAUGAUUAAUGUUCUACUCCAUUUCUUAAUUAAUUAGGAUGUUUAAGUAUUUAAAAACAUUAAUAAACAUGUUAAUGGACUAAUAAAGGAUGUGCAUUAAUAAAGAUAGAAUAAAAAUUAACAACUUGUGAAAGUUUAGGUUAUGCCAAUCCAAUUUCUUGUUCUCAAGUUUAUGAAAAUGAUUAAAUAGGAUGUUAUUUUGAUGAAAAAAAAUAGUAAUGCAAAUCGAUCUAAGUUAAUUCUGGUAAUAAUUAAAUAAAACAAUUAUUAAAUACUAUUAGUUGCAAAAAUUUAUCUUUAGGUUUAAAUAAUGUAAUGUGUGCUUCUAUUAAUACUGAAUCAACUCCAUGUAGAUGGUUUCAAUAAUAGUGUGUAUAUUUCUCUGGGAGAAGUGAUAUUUCAGAAGUCCCAUGUUUACAUCUAUAAUAUUCUAAUUAUUAGGCUUGUGCUUUGGCUUCAUUUCAAAAUGAGCCAUGCAUGUAUUCAGAAGACUUAGCUGGAUGCAUAAAUUAUUUUUAAGAAAAAAAUAGAGAUUGUUUUACAUUGGGUUUAAAUUAAAUUGGUUGCGAAUUAAUUAAGGAUUAAUAAAAUUCGAAUUUGUGUUAGUUUUAUAAAAAUAAAUGUGGCUUAAGUGGUUUAAUCAUAAUUGAAGAUCCUGUAAACCCUUCUGAAAUAAUUUUCAAUAAUUUUGAUAAAUGUGAUAAAAAAUCUCUUAUAAAAUAAGAUUGCGCUUCUAUAAUAACAAAGGGAUAAUUAUGUUAAUGGUCAUUAAACACAAACUCUUGUACUGAAAUACCUGUUAAAUAUAAUACAAAAUGUCUUCAGUUUAGUGGUCCAAAUACAAUAAUUAAUCCAAAUGUUUGUGCAUCAAUAGCAAAUGAUGAAUCAGAAUAUUGUGCUUUUGAUAUUUAGAAUACAAAUUGUAAACUUUUUUUCGAAGGUUGUACAACUAUAUGUUGUAAUGAAUUAGAAUUGAUAGGAAUAAAUGCACAUUCAUGUAGUAAAUUUACAAGUCGAAACGAAAUUAAAAACACANAUUAUAUCCAUUUCAUUUUUAGGUCAUUUUAACCUAUCAAUAGGAAAAUGCUUAGAGACUUCAUAAUAAAAUUUGGGUUGUUCACAAUAUUUGAAUAGGGAAGCUUGUAUAAAUUAAUAAACAAACAGUUAAGGUGAAAAUAUGUACUGUAAGAAAUUAUAAUAAUGAAAUAGGUGCAUUUUUUGAAAAAUGCCAAACUAUAGAUUAUGCUGAAGUAUAAAAAUUGGGUUGUUUUGGGUAGUUCAAUAAAUUAGCAUGUAUGAAUGUAUAAAAAAAAAAAUGCUUUUGGAAUAAUAGAUGCCAAGAAUUAAAUGAAGAGAAUAAUAAUAGUUCUCAACAAUGUGAUUAAUAUAAUGUUUCUGUUAGCCCUUAUACUUGUCAAUAAAUUCAGUCUGGAUUAUGUAAUAUAUAUAUAUUUAAAUAGGUAUGAAUAAUGGAUAUGAUGGAGAUUAUAGAUGUGUUGAAGUUGGAAGAGGAUAAUUAUCAAAAUUAAAAUGUAAUGAUAUAGGAUUAAAUGAUAAAGCAUGUAUUUCUAUAACAACAAAUGAUUAAUAUUGUAAUAUUUCACAAUAUUAAAAAAUUAGGUAUAUUUUAAGAUGGUCAAUGCAAUUCAAUAUAACAAGAAUAAGUUAUAACAUGUGACCAAAAAUUAAAUAAAAAUGCAUGUAUUUCUUUAAUGAAACCUAAUGGAAUUUAAUUAUUAUGUGAAUGGGUAGAUUCAUAAUGUAGAGUAUUUUAAGAAAAAGAAUUUAAAUGUGAAACUAAAAAUGAAGUUAAUGCUUAAGUUUGUACAUAAUCAUAAUAAUUUUGUAUGUAUGAUGAAAAAUAAAAAAAAUGUAAGAGUCUAGAAAUAAAUGAAUUUAAUAAAUUAGGAUGUAAUGCUCCAGGAUUAUCUAAGAAAGCUUGUCUUAAAAUAAAAACAAAAAGAUGUUCAUUUUAUAAAGGAAAAUGUUUAGAAUUAAAUUAAGAAGAUCUUAAUCUUUAUUAAUGUCAUAUGGAUUUAAACGAAAGAGCUUGUGUUAAUUUAAAAAACCAUUCUUAAUUAUGUUUAUGGAAUGGUAAUAAUUGUUAAGCAAUAUUUAUUAAUUAAAAUACUAAUUGUCCUUUAGAAUUAAAAAAUUCAUUAAUGAAAGUUAAUGGAAAUGUCUGUUAAGCUAUAUCUAAACCAAAUGUGAUUUGUAAAUAUGACAUUAAAACUAAUUUAUGUGUUCAAAGUUCAGUAAAUGAUUAAUGUUCUACUCCAUUUCUUAAUUAAUUAGGAUGUUUAAGUAUUUAAAAACAUUAAUAAACAUGUUAAUGGACUAAUAAUGGAUGUGCAUUAAUUAAGAUAGAAUAAAAAUUAACAACUUGUGAAAGUCUAGGUUAUGCCAAUCCAAUUUCUUGUUCUCAAGUUUAUGAAAAUGAUUAAAUAGGAUGUUAUUAUGAUGAAAAAAAAUAGUAAUGCAAAUCGAUCUAAGUUAAUUCUGGUAAUAAUUAAAUAAAACAAUUAUUAAAUACUAUUAGUUGCAAAAAUUUAUCUUUAGGUUUAAAUAAUGUAAUGUGUGCUUCUAUUAAUACUGAAUCAACUCCAUGUAGAUGGUUUCAAUAAUAGUGUGUAUAUUUCUCUGGGAGAAGUGAUAUUUCAGAAGUCCCAUGUUUACAUCUAUAAUAUUCUAAUUAUUAGGCUUGUGCUUUGGCUUCAUUUCAAAAUGAGCCAUGCAUGUAUCAUGAAAGAUUCAAAGGAUGUGUUAAUAAUAUUCAAGAAAAAACUACAAAUUGUGAUACUAAAGGAUUGAAUAAGAUUGGGUGUUCAUUAAUUGAUGAUAAUUGUUAAUAUGAUAAAACAAAAUGUAUUAAAUCAAAAGAUACUGAUAUUAUGAUUGAUCAAGAAAUUGAUAAAGAUUAAGAAAUUUAAGAACAAAUAAAAAUAAAUUACAAUUCUACUUAAAAAUGUAAGGAUGCAUAUUUAAAUAAAAUCUAAUGUUCAUCAAUUAUUACUAAAGGAGAAUUAUGUAUUUGGUCUUACACAACUAACUCUUGUACUUAAACUUUUGUUGAAAAUAAUCAUUAUUGUUUAGAAUUUGGUAAUGAAAGAACAAUUGUAAAUCCAAAUGUUUGUGCAUCAAUAAAUUUAGAUUAUCCUGAAUAUUGUGGUUUUGAUUAUAUAACAAAAAAAUGUACAAUUUAUUCUGAAGUAUGUAAAACUAAAUGUUGCACAGAUAAGAAAUUGAUUGGAAUAAAUGCUAAUUCUUGUAGUAGGUUUUCAAGUAAAGAAAUAGGUGUUUAUUGUUAUUUCAAAGAUCUUAAAUGUUAAGAAUUAAAUACAGAAGUGGUUGAUAUAUCCGAUCAAAAUUUAGUUUAACAAUACUAUAAUGAGUUAAAAUUACCUUGUACAUCCAUGAACAUAAAUUCCUGCCAUAUGAUUGAGUGGUCAACUUCUUAACUUUGUUAUUAUAAUGGAGAGGCUUGCUUGAAUCUAGAUUAUUCCUAAAUCAAAGAUUUAAUGUCUCUUACCUAACAUCCUAUAAGAUUAAAUGAAUAUUCUUGUUUAGCAAUUCAAGCAAAGUUAACAAUAUAUAAUAAAUAAAAAUAUUAUACUUAUGAUAAAGUCACAAAAAGAUGUAAAGGAUUGAUAAUUAAUUCUGAAUUUUUAUAUGCUAAAUGUUAAGAUGCCUAUGGAAAUAAAAAUCUUUGUACUAGAUAUACUGGUAAUAACUUUUGUAAAUGGGAUUCAGAUAGACUAAAUUGUGUGACUAUAACUGAAGAUGAAUUUGGUGAAAUUUAAACUUGUAAUUCUAACUUAAAUAUUAAAACUUGUGUUGAGAGUAAAAUAUUAAAUUGUUUUUUUUCUUAUGACAAUGAUGAAUGUAUUUAAGCACCAAUAGAUGUUGCUUGUGAUUAUUUUAAUCUCAAAGGGUUAAUAACAAAUUCAGUAUGCAAAUAUAUCAGUAGGCCUAGUUAGCCUUGUGAAUAUUCUGAAAAUUUAAAAAUUUGUAUAAAAUCAGAAACAAAAUUUGAAAAUUGUGAUGUUUCAAGUAAGAAUGCAAAUAAUAGGGCUUGUUAUACUAAUACAAAUGGAAAUUGUCGAUGGGAUUCAUAGGCUUAUAAAUGUUAUGAAAAUUACACUGAAAUUGCAGAAUUAAAUUGCAAUGACAAUUUAAAUAAAAUUCUAUGUUCUUAAGUAGAAAAACACGCAUGUAUGUGGGAUGAUAUAUUAUAUUAAUGUUAAGAAUUUAAACAAUAAACAUCUANACCCUUCUGAAAUAAUUUUCAAUAAUUUUGAUAAAUGUGAUAAAAAAUCUCUUAUAAAAUAAGAUUGCGCUUCUAUAAUAACAAAGGGAUAAUUAUGUUAAUGGUCAUUAAACACAAACUCUUGUACUGAAAUACCUGUUAAAUAUAAUACAAAAUGUCUUCAGUUUAGUGGUCCAAAUACAAUAAUUAAUCCAAAUGUUUGUGCAUCAAUAGCAAAUGAUGAAUCAGAAUAUUGUGCUUUUGAUAUUUAGAAUACAAAUUGUAAACUUUUUUUCGAAGGUUGUACAACUAUAUGUUGUAAUGAAUUAGAAUUGAUAGGAAUAAAUGCACAUUCAUGUAGUAAAUUUACAAGUCGAAACGAAAUUAAAAACACAAAUAUUUUUUGUUUUUUCAAUAACCUUAGAUGCUAAGAAUUGACAAAUGAUAUAGUUGAUACAUCUAAUGAAGAAUAAGUCAAAUAAAACUAUAAUGAUCUAAGAUUACCUUGCACAUCCAUGAAUUAUAACUCUUGCCACAUGAUCGAUUGGGACAAAUCUUAACGUUGUUAUUUUGAUGGCAAUGUUUGUACUAAUUUCCAUGAUUUUAAAAUCUAAGAUUUAACAAAGUUAACUUCAUAAGAAGCACGUUUAAAUAAAUUUUCAUGUUUAUCUAUUGAAGCAAAAAUCACAUCUCUCAACUCACAAAAAUACUUUAAUUAUGAUUCUGAAAAUAAAAGAUGCAAAAUUUUAGUUAUAACUGAAGAUUACCAAACUUGCAAAGAUGCAAUUGGAAAUAAAAAUGUGUGUACAAGAUAUACUGGCAAUUAAUAAUGUAUUUGGAAUUAAGAUGAACUACUAUGUGCUGAAAUAUAAGAUGAAGAAUUUGGCGAAAUAACGACAUGCGAUUCUAAUUUAAACAUUAAGGCAUGUAUUUCUAUUAGAAAUGCUCUCAGAAAUGUAUUGCCAUGUUUUUUUUCUUAUGAUACAGAUCUUUGUUAAGAGGCUCCUUAAUAUGUAGAAUGUGACUACUUUGUUGGAAAAGGAGUGAUAAGUAAAUCAGUAUGUGAGAGUAUAAAUCUAACUUAGUAAAUUUGUGAAUAUUCUGAAAUUAAAAAUACUUGUAUAAAAUCAGAAACAAAAUUUGAAAAUUGUGAUGUUUCAAGUAAGAAUGCAAAUAAUAGAGCUUGUUAUACUAAUACAAAUGGAAAUUGUCGAUGGGAUUCAUAGGCUUAUAAAUGUUAUGAAAAUUACACUGAAAUUGCAGAAUUAAAUUGUAAUGACAAUUUAAAUAAAAUUCUAUGUUCUUAAGUAGAAAAACAGGCAUGUAUGUGGGAUGAUAUAUUAUAUUAAUGUUAAGAAUUUAAACAAUAAACAUCUUAUUAAUUUGAGAAUUCAAAUAAAAAUGUAAAUCAUCUUUAUAAUGAAAAAGCUUGUUUAUUAAUUACUGGAGCUGGAUAUUAUUUUGAUAAAGAAACAAAAAAAUGUAUAAAAAUUGAUGAAAGUAUUAAUAAUUUAAGAUGUGAUCAAUAUUAAAUGAAUUAAUAUGCUUGUUUAUAUUAAACAAGAACUCAUGAAUGUUUUUAUGAUUAAAAUGAAUAACCUCCUAAUAAAUUAUGUAAAUUCUUUGAAGAUGAAUAAUCAUAAUGUUAAACUUCUAUUUUAAUUAAUAUUGAAGUCUGUAUGAAUUUACCUAUUGCAUGUAUUUUUGAUGAAAGUACUCUUUAAUGUUAAUCAUUUUAAGUACAAUAAACUAUGACUUGUACAUAAUUAUUCAAUUAUUCCUUAAAUAAAAAACAUCAUAAUAAAAUUUCAUGUGCUUCUGUAAGUUCUAGUUUAACAGAAGUAUUUGGAGAAAAAUAAUGUUCUGAAGAAAAGGAAGAUUUUUAACAAUGCAGAUUUGAAAAAUAUUGUUAUUGGAAAGAAUAUACAUGUUAGGUUUUCAAACUAGUAAUUAAUUAUUUUGAUACUGGAAGAUCAAAGGCCUAAGAAAGCAUUGGUUGCCCUAAUGUUGAGAUAGUGAAUAAUUGUCCUAAUGAAGUUUUCUAAGCCAAUUCUAAUUUAUAUUAAAGAAAUAAGCCAAAAAUUACAAUAAAUAGCUUUUGGGAAGAAAAAAACUCAUGUAGAUUACAAAAAUUUUUUACAAUAUUUGAAUAUUCGUUUACAUCAAUUUAAAACCCUUCAGAAACAUGCAGAAAUUAAUUUUGUUCUUAUUCUCAAUAAGAAUUUUGUAUGAAUGAAUAUUCAAAUCAAAUUACUGAAAUUUAUUUUGAACUUUCCAAUGAUUAGCUUAACACACUGGCUUCAGUCACUUUAGAAAAUUCAUCUAAUACAUUCAAUAAUCUUUGUGAUACUCAAUUCGAACCUCCAUAUAAUCAGAUUCUUUCAGAUAAUUGUAUUUAAUAAGAUAAUUACGCUUUAACUCCUUGGUGUAUAUUAAUAAAAAAUAUUAUUAGAGUUUGUCAUUAAUCCUUUUCGUAAGCUCUUUGCCUUGAAUUAAAUUAAGAAGGAUGUUUUUUUGAUAUAAAUUAGGGAGGCUGUCUAUAUUUAACAAAUAAUGAACAUAAGAUACCUAAUUGUUCAAGUAUAUCAAAUAAUAAUUGCUAUAUAAGUUAAAGCAAGAAUGCUAUUUGUCAAAAUGGAAUUGUUGUUAAAUAGCCAGGCCCUUCUUGUUUAAGUAUUUAAAAGGAUCAAUAAACCUGUUAAAAUAUUACAACCUAGCUUUCUAGUUUUAAUUGUAAUGAAAUAAGUGAAGAAAUUUCUUAACCAAUUUUAUGUGCUAAGGCUAAUGAUUAUUGUAGAUUUGAUGGAAUAAAAUGUGUUAAUACUUUUCCAAAUCCUUGUGAUUGCAAUAAAAGCUAUAGUAAAUUAUUAUGUGACCUUUGUGAUUGUGAUUAUGUGUUCUUAGGGUAUUGUUAAAAAAAGGGUAGUUUUUUGCACCCUUAAUUAAAUUAAGAUUGCUCAAAUAAAUAUUAUUUAUGCUAUGAAGUCAAUUAGUUUGUCAUAUAAAACAAUUAAUAAAAGGCUUGCGGUUUAGUUGAUUAGGCAUGUAAAUACACAAAUAAAUGUGAAGAUGCUACUCAUUCUACUUGUAAUGAAUUGAUUGAUUUUGUUGUAUCUUAAUAAGCAUGUGUAAGAUGCACAGGUUUUUCUAUGAUAUAUGACAAAAUUAAUUAAAAAUGUGUUCAUAUAACUCAAAAUAUAAAUUAAUGUGAAAAUCUGAACAAAUAAGCUUGUCUCUCGUUUUCCUAUAAUAUUAAAUGUUAAUGGCAGAAGUUUCGAUCUUAAAAAUGUAAUUUAAAGAAAUAUGAAUAUGGCUGUAUUCCAAUUUCAAAUAUCAAAACAACAGAUUAAUUUGAUUGUUUAAGUUUAAAUUAGGAAUCUUGCAAUUAAGAGUAAAUAAAUUUAUGUUGGUUUAAUACAGAAAGUAAAUUAUGUGAAAAAUUUAAUCCAUUAAAAGGAAAAUGUGUUUCUUAUAUGAAUUAAUCAACUUGUAAUUUAUCUAUGGUUGAAUCAUGUAUAUGGAAAGAUUUAAAAUGUUAAAUUGAAUUGAUUCCAUAGAAAUGUGAAGGUUUAAAUAAAUAUGGAUGCUUAAAUUUGUAAUAAUUACCUUGUGUUUGGUCUGAUACUUUAUUAAAAUGUGAAUUAGCUAAAUUCAUUGAUAAACCAGAAAGUUGUAUUUCAUUUUUAAUUAAUUAAUCUGAAAUAUCACAUAUGAAUGCUUAAACUUGUACUUAAAUUAAUGUUAAUAAAAGUUGUAUAUUAGCAUAAACCUAUAAGUGUAGAGAAAUAUAAGAACCAUAACUUUAUCAAUGUGAAACUUAAGGAUUAAAUUAUAAUGCUUGUCUAUUAAAAACUAAGAAUAAUUGUGCUUUUUUAAAUAAUAAAUGUAUAACAAUCUAAAAUGUCAAUGAAGGUUGUAAAGAUUAUUUAAAUUAAGUAGCUUGCUUGAUGUAGGAUGCAUUCUGCAAAUUUAAUAAAGGGGUAUGCUCAGAUUUUAAAUUUAAUUCUAUUAAUGAUAUUAUUGAUAAUAAAUUUGCACCUUAUUCAAUAAAGGUUUGCUAAAUUUUUAAUGAGGAAAUAGGUUUAAUUUAUAGUGACAUUUAGAAGAGAUGUGUAAAAGUUGAUAAUUUAAAUAGAAUCUUGACUGACUGCACUGAAUUUGGAAUUAACAAAUACACAUGCUUAAACAAAGUAUAAUCUUUUUGUGAAUUUAAAGAUAAUAAAUGUUAGCAUAUUAACCCUUCAGAUAUUACAAUUUGUUUAAAUACAUUAAACUAAUUUGCAUGUACUUAAUCAAGUAAUGUAUUAUGUAAAUUUUAAAAUAAUUAAUGUAAUGUAUUUAGUGAGACAAAUGAUUUUAAUUGUGCCUUAUAAUAGUCUAAAUAGCUGAGUAAUCCAAAAAUAUGUUAAGCAGAUAAAAAAAAUCCAUGUUUCUUUAAUGGUAAAACAAGAUAAUGUCAAUUAGUUGAAGAAAAAUCAAUUCAAAUAGAAUGUUAUGGAUUAAACAGGAAAGCUUGUAUUUUUAAUUCAUAAGAAUUGGUUUGUCUAUAUAAUGAAACUGAUAAGAAAUGUGAAGGUUCAUAUGGAUAUUCAAAAUGCAGCGAUUUAGUAAAUAAAAAUAAAUGUUUAUCUAUCAUUACGAAAGGACAAAGUUGUUAAUUUAAUGAUACUGAAGGUUGUCAAUAUCUUGAUAAAUCAGAAGAUAUUUUUAAAUGUGAAAAGUAAAUUUAAACAAAUCCUUAUACUUGUUCCUAAAGUUUGGAUGUUCCUUGCUUUUAUGAUAAACAAAAAAAAAUGUGUAUUUAAUAUACAACUUUAGAAAAUCUUAAUAGUAUUACUAAUUCAUCUAUUAUUUCGAACUACUAAUUAUCUAACAUUGAUUCGUUUAACAAACAAACUUGUGAGUAAUUUUAAAAAGAAAUAUUUUUACAAGACUCUCAACUAAUUUAUAAAGAUGUUCUUAUUUUUUGGAAGGAAUCUUGCAUUUAAAUUCAAAGUGCAUAAUUAUUCUAAUUAUAAUGCGAUUAAAAUGUAAAUAUGAAUGCAUGCAUUAAUAUUAAAACUCAAUUUUAAUAUUGUUAAUAUAUAAAUAAUAAAUGCAUAAAUGUUGAUUUAAAGGAUUAUAUAAAUACACCUUGCGAGUCUAUCAAAAAUAUAAACUCAGGUGCUAUAUGUGCUUAGACUUUAGAUGUUGCUUGUUAUUUUGAUCCUUUUACUUUUAGUUGCAAAAGUCUUAAAAUUGAUUCUUCAGAUAUUCAAUAAAUUCAGUGUGUUGAUAAAAAUCCUGAAUAAAAAGGGUAUAACAAGUAGGCUUGUAGUCUAGAUUAAAAGAAUUGUAUAUUUAAGGAACAAUGUUAUAAAAUUAAUAAGACCAUUAUACAAUUUUGUGAGGAUGCGACAGAUAUAAUUUAAUGUUAAAAAGUAUAAAGAGAAGGAUGUUAGUUUUAAUAAAAUAGAUGUAUUAAGAUUUAAUUUUCUGAUUAUUACUCACUUCCAUGUGAAUUAGCUAUUAACAGAUAAGGAUGUAUCAAUAUUUAAACGAAGGGAUUGUAUUGUUAAUAUUUUGAAGAUAAAUGUAUGUCUCGCGAUUUAAUGGAUAUAAGAUAAAUUGAAUGUCUCGAAGUCAAAAAUAUUAAUCACUAUUCUUUUUGUGAAUAUCCUCAAGAUGAAGGUUGCAUUUAUAAUAUCUUAUCUUAAUCUUGUUAAAUUGUAUCUGCAAUGGAAGAUCUUAUAUGUUAAAGAGGAAUAAAUAGAAUAGCAUGUUUAAAAUAAACAAAUAGCUAAUUAAAUUGCUAAUUUAUAGAUUAUUGUUAUGAUCCUAAUUAUGGGAUCUAAAAGUGUACUAAUCCAAAUAAAAGUUUAUGUUGUAGAGAGGCAGGCUCAAUAGAAAAUUGCUUAAAUUAACAACUAUAUAAAUGUUAAUGGAAUAAUAAUGAAUGUUAAAAUUAUUUAGAUAGUUAAAAUUCUAGAUGUGAUGAUAUCAAAUUCUCAAGUUUACUUACUUGUAUUUCUAUAUAGGAUAAUUUUUGUAUAUAUGAUUCAAUAAAUCAUAUAUGUAAAUCUAUUGAACCUACAUCUUGCGAUUAAUUAUAAUCACCAAGUUAAUGUAGCAGAAUACUGACUUUACCUUGUAUAUGGUACGAAGAGGAAUAAUAAUGUAUAUAUCUUGAAAUUUAAGAUGAUAAAAAUGGUUAUAUUUCAAUGAUAAGUUCAGCCUAAAUGAAUUGUGAAGAUAUAACACAUUAAAAUGGAAGUUAAAGAGCUUGUAUGAAUAUUGAAAGAUAAGGGUAAAUGUGUAUAUAUAAAGAUAAUCAAUGUGCAGCUUUUGAAUAAGAUGAAACUAAGAAUAAUUGUUUAGAUAAUAUUAAUAUUAAUUCUUGUUUAUAACAAAAAAUAAGUGAUUGUUAUUGGAAUAUCUAAUUAGUUAAAGUCAAAAAGACUAUUUAAAAUAUUGAAUCAGAAGAAAAAUUUGGAAACUGUAUUAAAUUUGUUUAAUAUGAAUCAAGUAGUUGUGAUUCUAAACUUAGUUACACAUCUUGUCUAAAAAUUAUAAAGGAAGGGAUAAAUUGUAGGUGGAAAAAUUAAUAGUGUUAAACUAUUGAUGAUAAAGAAUUAAUUAUAUUUUAACCUUCAUAUCUAUUUGAGGUCAAUGUAAAUGCUUGUGGUUUAAUAAAUAAUGGAAACCUUGUAAAAUAUGAUAAAAAUAUGAGAUUCUGCAUUAAAGUUGAUGAUGUUUAGACUUUAUCAUGUCUAACAGAAGGAUUAAAUAAAGAAGCUUGUCUAAAUAUUAAAUUUUAAAAUUGUUUUUGGGAUCCUACAAGAAGAAAAUGUAGAUAUUAGUAAUUUUUAAUAGAUGAAAAAUUAAAUUCUUGUAAAUUAUAAAAUUUGUCUUCUUAUUUAUGUUCAUAACUAAAAUUAGAUUUACCAUGUGGAUUUAUGAAAGAUGGCUGUGAUUUUGUUGAUUUAGACUAAGUAAAAUGUACUUAUGAAGGAUUGAAUAAAUAUGCUUGUCUAAAUAUUAAAAAAUAUCCUUGUAUUUGGUUAAAGAAUUCAAAUAAUGAAAAUUAUCAUUGUGACGAUUAUUUAUAAUAUCUUCCUUGUGAUUAAAUACCAUCAAAUGUUAAUUCAAAAGUUUGCUCUAUUGUUAAAGAAGGUGCUUGUUAUUAUGAUUAAUAAAAUUUCAAAUGCGAAAUUCCAAAUGAGGAUUAAAAAAGUUGCUCAUUGACUGGAUUAAAUAUUAUUGGGUGUGUUAAAAUUGAAAAUUGCUUUUUUGAUUAAAAUUGCUAAUUAUUAAAUAAAUAAUAAUAUAUAUGUGAAGAAUUUCCUAUUGCUAAUAAAUUAAUUUGUAAAAAUGCUGUAGAUUCUUGUAAAUAUAAUGAAUUUUAAUAUGGAUGUUCACGUGCUUUCGACGAAUUUUGUUCUAAUGAUUCACUAAGUGAAUAAGGAUGUUUAAAUUAACCAAACUGUGUACUUUAAGCAUAAAGAUGUCAAUGUAAAAAGUUUGUUGAAAUUUAUGAUUGUACUGAAAUUCAAGAUAUGGAUAAAUGUAACUUAAAGAGUCAUUGCAAGGUUUAAUAAUAAGAAAAUUAAUAAAGUUUACAAUGCAUACUAAAAUAGUGUUAGGAUUAUUCUUCUGAUGAAUGCGAAGGAAAAUCUUUUCUAAAAUCAAUCUGUUAUUGGAGUAGUUCUAAUGAAUGCUUGUCAGCGUAAAAAUGUGAUGAUAUUGUUAAACCUAUGUUUGAUUGUUUUAGAUACGAAUUUAAUGAUAGACCUUGUUAAAAGAAAAUGAAUUCUAAAAUGUGUGAAUAAUUUAACUGUGAAAAUUUUAGUAAAGAAAAAUGUUUAGCAUAUGAACAAUUUUGUAAUUUUGAUUAGACUUGUUAAAAAAAUUAAUGCAAUUUAUAUUAAAUAAUGGAAUCUUGUAUUAUAAAUAACUGCCAUUGGGAUUCAAAAGAAAAUACUUGCUCUGAAUAAAUUAAUUGCUCUAAAAUUUAUGAUGAAAUUGAAUGUAAUAAAUAUAAAUACAAUUCCAGACCUUGCCAAUGGAUAGUUAAUGAAGAUAUUAAAUAUUGUACAUAAUAUAGAUGCAGUGAUUUAGACAAAUCGUAAUAAUGUUCUGGAUCACGUAUUGGAUCAGAAUUUUGUGUUGAAAUUAGUGAUUCUAUUUGUAUAUCUUGUGAAGAGAUUUUUGAUUCUUGUGAUUGUCUAUAAUAUUCAAAAUAUUGUAGUUAUGAUAUAAAAAAAGAUAAAUGCACUUCUAAGAAUUGUGAAUCUUAUUUAACUAAAGAAGAAUGCCCUAUAAAUUAUUGCACAUUUAUAGAAUAGGUAAAUUAAAUUAAUAUUCUUAGAAAUGUUAAAUAUAAUGUUAAUUGAUAAAUAAUUACGACUCAUGUUAUAAUAUGAAUUAUUUAUGUGAAUGGAGAGAGGAAAAUCAAAAGUGUUAACCAAAGUGUGAAUAUAUAUUUGAUGAAGAAAUGUGUAGUUAAGUAGAUUAAUGCUCUUGGAAUUACUAAAAAGAUAAAUGCUAAAACAAUGAACCUAUUAUAAUUGUUAAUCCUUUGGGUUACGGAGAAGUUAUCAUCACAGGCCUAAUAACUUUAUGCAUAUCCUUAAUGUGA